UACAAUCAUUCAUCAUCUUUUCUUUCUUUUUUUUCCUUUUUUUUUUUGAAUGGCCUAUAAUCAAUUAUCUUAUUCCUCUUGAAGUCAUUUAUUUAUAUAUAAAAGGUCACUAAAUAUUGUUCUCUCAAAAUCCACCACAAAUUUUCUUUCUCCAUUUAUAUAUUCUACUCUCCAACAUCACCAUGCGCCUUCUAGUUGUAUUGAUCAUAACUCAAUGUUUGGUUUAUUCUUCAGCAGUUCUUCAGUCAUUUGAUCAUGCACCUAAACAAGAUGGGUCUCUAAGCUUCUUGGUCAUUGGAGAUUGGGGAAGAAAUGGAGCUUACAACCAAUCUCAAGUUGCAUUUCAGAUGGGUGUUGUUGGUGAACAAUUGGACAUUGAUUUUGUAAUUUCAACCGGUGACAACUUUUAUGACAAUGGCUUGAAAGGCAUAGAUGACUCAUCCUUUCACCAUUCAUUCACCAAAAUCUACACUGCUCCAAGCUUGCAGAAGCAAUGGUACAAUGUUCUAGGCAACCAUGACUAUAGAGGAGAUGUUGAGGCACAGUUGAGUCCUGUUCUCUCAAAUCUUGACAAUAGAUGGUUUUGCUCGAGAUCCUAUAUUGUCAAUGCAGAAUUUGUAGAGUUUUUCUUUGUAGAUACUACUCCAUUUGUGGACAAAUAUUUUACACAACCGGAGGACCAUGUUUAUGAUUGGAGAGGCAUAAGGCCUAGAAAUCAUUACAUUUCCAACCUCCUCAAGGAUUUGGAUAUGUCUUUAAAACAAUCAAAUGCUAAGUGGAAGAUUGUGGUGGGUCACCACACAAUUAGAAGUGCUGGUCAUCAUGGUGAUACAGAAGAGCUUGUAAAUCAUCUUCUUCCAAUUCUUGAGGCAAACAACAUUGAUCUUUACAUGAAUGGACAUGAUCACUGCCUACAACACAUAAGCAGUCUUAACAGUGAAAUUCAAUUUUUGACUAGUGGUGGAGGGUCAAAGUCAUGGGGAGGUGAUGUGAGUUGGUGGAAGCCAGAAGAAAUGAAAUUCUAUUAUGAUGGUCAAGGAUUCAUGUCUGUGCAUGUUAUUGAAACUGAACUCAAUAUAGCAUUCUAUGAUGUCUUUGGCAAUGUUUUACACAAAUGGAACACUUCCAAACAGCUUCAUUCAACCUUGUGAAGACUUCAAAUACAAUUAACUAGCACCAAAACAGAGCAGGGGCUUAAAAACAAGAAUGAGUAAUUAGUGUGAAUUGCCUUUAAUUUGAUCAUAUGGUUUGGUUUUAAUUUGAAACUAAAUUUGUAAUUAAAAUGUUCUUGUCUAUCUUUAUGUAAAGAUAUAAACUCAAGUUCUUGAGGGAAAAUAUAAAGUGAAGGGUUUGAAAGGGAUCCGGAUCGCCUAUGGUAUAAAAA